GCAAAGUAAGAACAGAAGAAGAGAAGAAGAGAAGAAGAGGUGGAGAGUGAGAAACACAGCGAAUGAAGGAGUGGAAAUGGAGUCUGUUCCUCCUCCCAAUGAUCUCUGUUCAAUCUGCCAUGCCAACUUUCACAUUCCUUCUCAAGCCAAUUGCUCUCACUGGUUUUGUGCAAAUUGCAUCAUGCUCAUCAGGAACAAGCUCUUGCAAAUGCCCUCUCUGUCGCCGACCCAUCACUCUCUUAAUCCCCACCGAACACUCCCUCAGCCAGCGUCAUGAUCCUGAAGUUGCUCAGAUUCUCUCCAAAAUUCAUGCAUAUAACCGUGUCUUCGGUGGCCAAUCCUCCUCUUUUUUUAAGGGUUCCAGUAGUAGAAGAGGAGAAUCGGUACCUCCGACAAGUCUCCUACGAUUCACUCAGCACUGUCUAUGCGAUUUAGUAGUCGUCUCCUCGCAUUUCGCCCUCGCUCGCUUUUCCCCCUCGCUCGCAGUCGCCGUCGGCCGCAAUCUCGCCGUCAGCGGUGGUCGCGUCGUGCCUCCUUCGGUGGUCGCACUGUUUCUCCUCUGUUCGUGUGAUCUGUUUCGCACUCAUCUGCGUGUGCCUCUGUUUCACUCAUCUGUUCACAUCCCUUUGUUCGUGUGGUUUAAUGUAAUGAAAUAUUUUUUUCUGAAAAGUAGUAAGCCUUUGUUCUUAUCCUUUUUUUCACUCAACUGCUGCAGUGUUUUUUAGUUUCUAUGUUUUGUAGUGAAAAAAACAUAGAGCAUUAUGUCUGGAAUAAUUCAAGUGCAUCUUCAUCCUCUAUCCAUACAUUUUCUCAUCUCUCCCAAAACCAAAACUUUAUUGUGUACCAAUUUCUUAAGCUUGGUCUAUAUAGCUCUCUAUCAACAGGUGCCUAAUGGAGUGAGUGUGUUAGAGUAAUAGAGUAAGUAGUUGGUUAAACUGUGCAACUCAACCUGCUUUAGGAAUUUUACCAAAAUUGAAAAUACUUUUAUGUUUGUCAGAUUAAUAAUAAGUAGAUUAGUAUUGAGUUCUAAAACUAACUUUUUCAUUUUAAAUUUAAUGGGCUUAAUGAGAAAUUAAGGAAAAGGUUUCCCACCGUGGACAAACCAAUUUUUCCUUUUUGGUGUGUCUUUUUAAGUUUCAUUUGUCAUCUAUCUUUAUAGAACCCUCUUUUUUUGCCUAAUCAAACUUUCCUUUGCCAAGCACUCAGCUGCUUCUUGUGGAUCCUCAGUGUCUUAUGAAAUUCACAGCCUCUUGGUUCUUCAAUUCUGGGACUUACCUCCCAUAUGUCAUUGUUUGCUAGGAUAAAAAAUUCAGUAUCACAAGCUUUUCUCCAUUUAUCACAAAACAGUUGUGCACAAAACAAUUUUGCACAUGUUAUGAUGCUUAUCAUCGUAACAGCAUACAUAAUAAAUGAUACCAAAAUCCAUUGAUAUAUAUAAUUUUGCACAUGUUUGUUUACCG